AAUUGUAUUUCAUAUAUUUUGUAAUAUAUUAUCUAUUAAUUACUUACUUUUAGGACAUAAAUCCCAACAGUUAGUUUUUAGUACUUGGAUAAGGGCUAAGUGACACAACCCCCAAAUAGGAGUGAUCUAACAAAUAUGAUUAUGGCAACAUUCUUUAGGCGGGUUGGAGUUCUCUUGGUAGAAUCCAGAUAGGAUCAGAGCAACACUAUAGCCUCUUAAUGUCCUAUUUUAGUAAAAAAAAAAAACGAUAUAUAUAUAUCAUGUAUGUCAUAGUGUCACACAAAAAGUAAAAAUUAAGAAUUAUUUUUAGUAAAUGAAUUAGUGGAGAAAUAAUCGUUUAGUUCAUUUAUAGUGAUGACAAUGUCGCCACUCAUCGCUAUAGGGUGUUGAAAUCUAAGUUUCUCACAUGGUUUUGGUUAAUUUUUUUUGGAACAAAGUUUACUGCUCAAAAUUUUAAUAUUCUAUAACGGAGAUAAUUCAUCGCUAAAGACUUAUUUAAAAAAGUACAAAACAAAGAAAAAAAUACAUACUAAACAAUUUUGUCAUUGACUCGCUAUACCAUUUAUAUUACCACUAAAAAAAUUUAUACAUAUAUAGUAAUGUCGUUAUAAAAUAGAACAUCUAUAUCAACAAUAAUGACGAUAACAAUCGUUGUUAUGUGUCUUGAAUUAAUUAUAAAAGUAUAAAUAAAAUUUUUGCAUCUUUUGUAGUUUUAAGGGCUAUUGCGCGAUCCUUAUGUUGUUGUAUUAGGUUCAUUUUCUUAAAUUGUCGUUAAGUAAAUAUGUCGUAAUUUUAAAAUAUUUUUUUAUGUUUGAAAGAAAUCCUAAAGUCACUCUUAUCUUUUUUAUUGAAGAUUAUUAUUUGUAGUUGAAAUAUUUUUGUUUUAUUUUCAAAAAGUUUCUUUAUAAUUAUGUUUGAUGGUGUCAAUUUCAUGUUUGUGUCAAAAUAUGUAUUUAAUUUUGUGUUAAUAAAUCGCGUCGUAUAUUUUCACAGUCGAGAGUAACGUUAAAUUGAAGAACGUCUUACAUUUGAUUAGGGGAUCUCGUACAUACACUUAUUAAUAAAUUAUGAGUUGCUAUUUAGACGUGUUGUGUUUGUAUUUAAGUUUUUGACAAUAUUUAAUAAUUUUGUCUUAUUUAUAUUUAUCUUAAUUGAGCCAUCUAAUAAAUGUUAUGACACGAACAUAAUAAGUUUACACAAAUAGCCGGCCUUAAUAAAACUCCAUUUUCUUAACUAAUUAACCAAUAAGUAAAUAAACAUAAUCAUUAAUCAAUUAUCUAUGUAUAUGGUCCCUUAACCAAGGUUAUUCAGCCUAAUUAUAUCAUUAAUCAAUUUAAGUCAGCUUGGGAGAGUGAAACAAGUGGGUGAUGAGGCAGAAUGGAUUGAGAAAAUAUAUUUAUGUUGGCCUUUUCAAUAUUAAAAUUAAAAAAUCAUAAUUACCACUACCAAGAAAAGCAGAACAGGCUUAGACAUUUAGGUUAAAGGCAAUCUCAUUCUCAUUUUAUUAAAUUAAAAACCAGUCUGAAUGAAUUUUUAUUUUAUUUAUUUAUUUUGUUGCAAUUUAAAAUAUUAAAAUAUCAUUUUUAAUAAAAUAAUCUUUUUAAUAUUUUGAAAUUUUUACAUGAAAAAUCCAUUUUACACAAUUUAUUACAAAAUUACUCAUACACGCCUAUGACUACAUUUUUACUUAUAAAGUUUCUUUUAUUACACAAUUACCACUUACUCAUCAUUCCAUGCAUACACGUGUGCUCUCCCCAUCCAUCAUCAAUCAAAUCCUACUCUCUUCUCUCCUCUUUUUUCAUUUUCUUUUCAUUUCAUUUUCGAUUCUUCAUUUCUGUUUUCUAAGUUCAUUUGAAUUCAAGUAACCUCCAUUAACCACCCAUAAUUUAUCACGUUUUUCCCUCUUCUUUUUGGUUCAUCCACGAAUUUUCAACUUCCUCUUAGCCCACGAUUUAGCAACUGUUUUUCCCUCUCUGUUUCGGUUUUUUUCAAUCUUAUUUAUAAGAUGGCAAUCACUCGUUCAUCAUCAUCCCCUUCUCCAGUUCUCAAACAGAAAUAAAAAAUGGGCAAGAAAUCGUUGGCCAACAAAUCCAAGGGUAAACGCCCAAUCAUUGAAGAUUUUGAUUCUGAUUUUGAAGCUCCAAUGCCCAAGCGUGGGAGACCCCAUUCUUCGAAGAAAACGAAGCUCAACUUGGAGGAGCACACGGUUCCAGAAAUUUCUGGGAAAAAAACUAUUGCACAUGCUGAAGAUCGGACUCAGGUUUGGGACUGUAAAUUUAGUCCUUCUGAUUUUUACAGAUCUAAGUGUGUAUGCACCAGUGUUUAUUCCGUGAUAGAUAAUAUUAAGAACACUUUAUCUGUUAAUUUGCUUUCUUUGUUUCGUCAAACUCAGUUUGGGCAUUUUCUGGAUAUGCCUGAGUUUGUUUUUCAUCCGCAAGUCGUACAUAGUUUAUUACUAAGAGAAGUUUUACAGCCCAAUCCUAAAGAGUUUUGGGCUAAGGUUGCUGGCCGUUGCAUACGGUUUAGUGCUGAAGAAUUUUACCUGAUUUCUGGUUUAGAUUGUUUCGGUGAUUGCAACAAAUUGUUGUUUUCACAGGAAACAAAUCAAUUGGUAGAAACAUGUUUCCGUGGUGUAAAAACUAUUGACCACAAAGCCAUCGAGGAUGCUUUUUUGGGUAGUCGGUGGGGUUUGGAUGAGUCUAUUGGUUUGAAAAUGGCUGUUUUGUAUUUCAUUCAGUGUUUUCUUCUUAGCAAUACUCCUGACAAAGAAGUGUCUAGGUUUGUUCUAGAUGUAGUUGAUAGCGGUCGGUGGGAUGAGUAUUGUUGGGGUAGGGAAUCAUUUGAAUUGACAAUUGACUCAUUCAAAGGUAGGAUCGAGCAUGGGAUCAUUAUGAAAAAUAGAAAGGCAGAGAAGAGAGGCCAAUAUGAUGGCUGGUAUAGGGCAUUGGGAUGUUCUUGGGUUUUCACAGUUUGGUUUUAUGAAUGCUGUCCUGCAAUGGUGAACUCUUUCUGUAAGAGAGUUUCAUCUUCUAUUCCAAGGAUUCUGAACUGGAGCAACACCAUCGUCACCAAAAAUCCAACCCUUCGAGACUUGAAGGGCAAGAUUUUUGAUUUACCUUUGGAGAAGUUGAAGAUAAAAAACAUGCGUCCUACUGAUGAAGAGAGGCAGCAGCUUCAACUUGACGGUUUAUUUCUCGAUGAAUCUAUUGAUGAAUGUGGUGUAGCGAAGCAAUCCUUCAAGGGUGGGUCAUCUUCAAAGAAGUCUGAUUCAGCAGAUAUUGAUUGGAUGAAAUCUAAGCUGGAGAUGCUCAUUUCGAAUCAAUCAUCAUUGGCCGAGGACUUCAUUUCAUUGAGGUGUUUUGUUGAUUUUAAUUUCAAGUCCGUAAUGACUGUAAUUAAGGAUAUCCAGGAGAAGGUUAAUGUCAUUCAUCGUCGUCCUUCUGAUGAGGUAUUUAUUCUUAUUUUAUUGCUUAGGUUUUUUUUAUAUAUUUUUUUUAAAGUUUCUUUACUGUUUUAUUUAAGUUUCAUUUAUGUUGGUUGAUACAGGGAAAGUCAUCGGAUGAAUUAGUAACUCAAGAUUCUGAUGAUGAUGCUGCUGAUGAUGAUGAUGAUGAUGCCGAGGAUGAUGAGAAGCAAUUGCCUGAUCCAGAAAAUAUUGAUUCCGACUCCGACGAUGGUGGUGAGUUGGUUAAAGUUGGUGGGGAUGCUGAUGAUGCUGACAAGGCUGUUACUGCUGUUCCUUCUGCUGAUGUGAAUCCAUCUGAGGCUGUUGGAGGGAGCGAUAAAAAUGUUAAGGAUGUUGAGAAGCCGAAGGGCGAUGAGUCUCGAUUGAAGGGGGACGAUUUCUUUGAUGGGUUGAGCGAGCUUGAAAUAGAUGAUGAUCAAGUUGUGUUGGCUGGCUUGGAGGCUGUUGGUAAAAUCCAUGUAAGUUUACUUUUAAUUGUUUUCAAGAAAACUAGGUUUCUUUUUGGUUGCUCAUUAGUUUCUAGUAUGUUUUGCAACUGUUUUAAUGCAUUCUUUCUUUUUUAGGUCCCCGCACCCAAUCCAGAUGUUGUUGGUGAAAAGUCAGAUGCCUUUCAUACUGAUGAAGAAACUGAGGACACUGUCUCUGAUACACCUCUGUUGGAUAAGAGGAAGCGUGCUCCGGCCUUGAAAUCUCCAUUUGUUGAUUUCGGGUCUGCUGAUGUCGGGAGCACUCCAAUGGAGCUUAUGUCCUCAGGUUCUCAAUCAGCUGGGGAUGAUAGGGAUUUCAAAAUGGUGACUUAUGUGAAGGGCCUUUAUGCUCUUAAUGAUGCUUUUGCUGAUCCCGUAUCUACCGAGAUUGAGGCAAAAUUUGACGCUUGGAUUGGUGAAGGAUUGCUUAAACAUCCUAGGUGACUGUUUUUAUUAAAUCUGUUUUUGUAUUAUGUUUUUUUUUCAGUUUUAUUCCUGUUUUAAUGCUAUUUUUUGCUGUUUUUUUGUUGUUGUAGGCAUUAUAAUUGUAAUGAAGACGGCGCAAAGAAAUUUACCCCGGGUUUUAGGCUAGGUGUUGAUUAUGUUGAGGAUAAAACUUGGUUUUAUCAUUUGGCCACAUGCGACAUGUUUAUGAACGACUCGGUAAAGUUUCCAAUUUAUAUUGUAGUUAUGAUAGUUUGUUUUCAGUUGCUUUAUAAAUGUUUUUUAGUUUUGAUACUGCAUUUCAGUUUUUUACAGUUGUUCAACCUUUUCAUUUGUGUUUCUGUGUUGUUUUUUUUCUCAGCAUAUGAACACCAUAUUCUAUUACCUUCGGAAAAAAGGUAAAUAUUCUUCCGUUGUGACGUUGAAUUUCGCAACUACUGAUUGUCUGUUUGAUGAUUCCAUCCAAGCAUUGUACCACAAAUAUAACAAGGCCAAGUCAAUGAAGACUAAGAUGUCACACAUUCACGCUGCCCACCCAAUAGCGCAUUACAUCCGAGGUAUCCGCAUUCCCUGUUCCAAGCCUUGGUAUGAAGCCGAUCAUGUGCUAUUCAUCAUCAAUUUAAGAAGGGAAAGUCAUUGGGUUUUUGGGCGUCUUGACUUGAACGAAGGGACGUUGUUUCUGUACAAUUCUUUGAGGACCGCGAAGAUGAAUGCCGCAGCUAGGAAUGCGAUGAAGGCUUAUUCCGUGUUCCUGCCUUUGUUUUUCGAUUUACUUGGGUUCUGGAAGAAUAGAGCACAAGCUCCUGCCUCAGUUUCUGACCCUACAGCUCCAUUCAGAAUCGUGGAGCUUAGUGGUCUUGCGUCUCAGCAGAAGAAUGAUUGCGGGGCAUAUGUUGCUGCCUUUGCUGAAUUCUUUAUCCACGGAAAGGAUGUCCCUGCAGACUUUGACAUCGAAGUUUAUCGUACCCGACUUGCUUCACUUUUCUUCUCGUACGGCCAAAGGAAAAUUGACGAAAGCAUUGACAGCGAGGAUGAGAAGCAAAGCAAGUCUUCUAAGGCAUCUAAAUUGAAGAAAUAGGAUCUUUUAAUUUGGUGGAUCUUUUCUGUUAUUUUUUGAAUCUAUUACCAGACAAUUUUUAGUGUUGUUGUUUCAAUGUAGGUAUUAUAUUUGAUUUUAUACUAUGUACCUGGUUUAAAACUUUUAGGAUAUUUGACAUUUACUCCUUAUAAUAUCUUUAUUGUAUAGGUUUGUAUUUCCCAAA